GUGCGACAACCGUGAAGAUCAUAGGCCUGGGCAGUAGCGCCUUAGCUCAGGCGGCUGCCGCUGCGGCCAUCCAGUCCCCUGGAGGUGUGAAACGGGGAGUGACCGGUCCUGCAAGCACAACACCCGCACAGCAGAAGCUCAAGAGGAGCAGGGAAUCUGCAGAACAAGGUACGUGCACAGAUAUGCCGAUUUGUUUUAAAGUUCUGGGCUAAAUCCCUUUUUUUUAAAUACCACAAGCGAGUUGGUACUUGAAGAGUUGGAGUUGUUCCUGGCUUGGGCAGUGACACAUGUGAGAUGGGCGUGUGUG